CUGAUGGAGGAGGGACAUGACAAUUCUACGAAGAUUGUGGACUUUGAUCACGCCUACUACACGUCUAAAAUCUACGGUCCUGGAGACGCAGCCGGUAGAGAGCUGUGGGUGAACAUUGAUGAGAUGGAGGAGGAUGACUGGAAGGUCCAUGGCUUCCUGUCCAGCACCCACCGACAGGCUGAGAGAGUAAAUCUUUCCUUCGACUUUCCUUUCUAUGGUCACAUAUUGAAGGAAAUCACUGUGGCAACUGGAGGUUUCAUUUACACUGGAGAUAUAAUCCACCGCAUGCUCACAGCCACUCAGUAUGUCGCUCCUCUGAUGGCAAAUUUUGACCCGAGCCUUUCCAGAAACUCUUCUGUGUUUUACUUCGAUAAUGGCACUGCAUUGGUGGUGCAGUGGAGCCACAUUCAUCUCCAGGACAACAUCAAUCUGGGAACUUUCACCUUCCAGGCCGCAUUGCACAGUGACGGACGUAUUGUGUUCGCCUACAAAGAGAUCCCAUUUGACAUCAUCAACAUCAGCACUGAGAAUCAUCCUGUUAAAGUGGGCUUGUCAGAUGCUUUCGUGGUGCUUCAUGAGAUAGAGCAGAUCCCCAAUGUUCGGAGGAGAACCAUCUAUGAAUAUCACAAAGUUGACAUCCUCAAGUCCAAAAUCUCCAAUUCCACAGCUGUGGAGAUGCUACCUCUUCCAACAUGUCUCCAGUUCUCCAGCUGCGGUCCAUGUGUCACUUCUCAGAUUGGCUUUAACUGCAGCUGGUGCAGUCGGCUACAAAGGUGCUCCAGCGGCUUUGAUCGUUACCGCCAGGACUGGGUUGACCUCGGCUGCCCGGAGGAGAGACGAGAUGCCCGGUGUUUCCGAAUGACAGACGCCACAAACACCACAUCUCACCACCUCACACACACGACCACUCCAGUCACGGUGACCGCAGAGCAGCAGAGGACCUCCAGCGUGACCUCUGCCCCCCUCAGCAAGACGUCCACUGUCACAAACCCAUCGACACACAGCAGCAGCAGCACGAGCAAGAGAACGAUAGCCACUCCGCAGCCUCCAACCAGCAAACCUGCAGAAGAUGACACAAAGAUCUCUUUCCACAUCAAUGAAACACGAGACAAGGACGACACAGGAGAGGGUGAUGAGCGGCUGCAGAUUGGUCUCCUGGCAGGCAUCGUCAUGAUGAUGGUCGUCAUGGCAGCAGCCGUCCUUCUGUCUGUCUACAUGUACAACCACCCGACCUCCAACGCCAGUCUCUUCUUCAUGGAGCGACGCCCAACCCGCUGGCCAAUCAUGAAGUUCCGACGGGGUUCUGGUCGGCCCUCCUAUGCCGAGGUGGAAGCUCCCGGUCAGGACAAAGAUGGCACGGUGGUCAUCGACCCCAAACAGGCCUUUGUCAUGUCAGCCAGAAGAGAGAGUGAACAGAAAGAAGGAUUCAUAGUCUCUGAUCAAAGGGAGCGCUUCCUUGUCUCCGAGAGCUCCUGA